UCCAUUGGCUCGCUACACGUCACGUGAUCAAAACAUUGCCUAACAGGAGGAAGUAGCAUUAGCGGCUACCAUACUUUCUUCCUACAACUAGCUACCCUCAAACGACAAAGGCAUGCCAAAGAAAGACCCGUGUCAAAAGCAAGCGUGUGCAAUUCAGAAGUGUUUACAAGCUAACAAAUACGUGGAGAGCAUGUGUGAGGAUGUGAUCAGAGAGAUGAGACGGUGCUGUGAGACGCAUGCUGCCAACUCCAUCUGCUGCUCCGGCUUUAAGGACUCAAAACCCACGGAGAACACAAGCAAAACAUAGCCUCUUGCAUGACGGGGACAAUGUCAGAAGGAAAUACUGUGUAAAUGUUGUAAUAAUUAUCUAACAUUGUGUGUAUAAGGCUGAACAAACAACUGGAAUUUAUUGUUUAAAGUCCCCCUCCACUCAAAAUGA